UCAUUUAUUUCGUUUUUCCCCCCCGAAUGGGUUCCCACCUUGAAGUGGUGGAGGGGCUUACGGUUACAUUCAGGGGCACCCGCUCAGGGGUGUAACUGAGUAUAACCAACAAAGAGGAACCCCCCAAGCCAAGGUGUAAGCUUUACCGUGCCGAGGGCUGCAUGGCGCAGGGGGAGCUGCGUCGCGAACGGUGCCUCCCGGAAACCGGACGCCCUCCGGGAGUAAGAGUCAAGCCCUGGGCAUUCGCGGCUCUGCCUGGGUGAAAUCGCGCGACCGCGGUACUCGUGGGAAUAAAAUGGAAUCGAAAAAUAUAAAUACAAACAUAGAUAAACUUCUUUUAGUUCCUUCAAGGAACGGACAAUCACAGAACCUCGCAAUGGCGGAAUCGGGUCUAAUCAAGCCCCGAAUUCGCUAUAGCGGCGCUGCCAGACGACGGUAUAAAAAAAUGAAAGAAAGAGGAGAACUAUUUGAAAAUAUCCAAAAUUCUCCCUCUCCGAUUGUGUCGAGAUCGGUGAACAAGGAAGAUGCUCCAAUUAACAGUCAAAAACGUGUUAUGCCGGAGCAGAGUCCUUGCGAUUCACCGAACAGUCAUCAGAAUAAGAAACCCAAGAUCACCGACGAAAAGCCGACACAUGCCCAAGCGGUGGCAAGAACCAAGAUAGCCUUUGUUCCAGAGGGCUAUCCUGAUAAAAGGCUGAGUGCUGAUGAGGGAGGUGUGGUCAAGAAAUUGAUCAGAGAACGUAUUCUCCAACUUCCUGAGGAUGCGGUGGUCCCUACCUUUAUCGGUACUUGGGAAAGAGAUGGCGCAGUUAUUUUCAACUGCGCCAACGAAGCCUCAAUGGACUGGCUGAAAAGCCUUUCCACUGAAAUAAAAGUAGAAGACACUCCUUUGUAUGUGCUACCAGCCGAUGAGCUACCUAAGCGUCAUUGGAUAGUAGUGCAUUCGGAGGAAUCAGAUUUAACUGCCGAGGAAGUUAUCAAGCUCCUUGACAAACAAAACGUGGGUCUAGUCGCCAAGGAAUGGAUCAUUGUAAAGGGAAGCGAAAGCAAGAGUGUUAAAAGCACCCACUUUGCUGCCUUGAUCACUGAUUUAUCCCUGGAGGGUCUAAAAGCCUGCGGUUACAAGCCUUUCUGCGGACUAGGUCGAGCAACUGUAAAGUUGCUUGAAAAAGGACGUGGAGAGGGUACAGAACAGACCACACAUAGGGUAACAGAGACUGUUUAAAAAAUAGCAGACUACUACAUGUCUGGUGGUACAGAUUAAAUUGCAUCAUAGCAAAAGCGCCUCAGCGAUUCUAGCUAGGAGCAUGGCUAUGAUGCAGACAGUAACAAUUAAUCUACAUUAAUGGAAAUGGACAUUAAAAUUAUGAUUAAUUGAGACACCAUGAUUAAAACGCACACUCGGAUAAGGAUUUAUAAUUUUAGAACAAGAUUGAAUCAUAAAGAAUAAAUGUUACAAUUCAGAUGUCAAUUACAGUCAUUUAAUUGUGAGAUCAACUAACUAGUUACUGUUAUUUUACAAAGAUUCAACCUCAAGUUAAAAGCAAAUACAUGUGCUGGUAAAAACGGUGUGCAUGAUCUGUAAAUUAAUAAUUAAAGUUAAAAAUUUUGCCCAAAUAUUUAGGUAUGAGUUGCUGGUGUCGGUUGUGGACUAUCUCUGAAGUAUACAUCCUAUACUUUUACCAGAUUUUUGUAAUAUUAAGAUAAUAAUAGUAAAAUUUAAAGUAAUUGUGAUUUAUACACCAAAAUAUGAGAUCAGUGUACAAAAAAUAUAUUAAAGAUUAUAAUGCCCACAAAAAAUUGCUUUUAUAUUAUUUAUAUCAUGUAUCAUGUUGAUCUUUUGAGGAAAACUAUUAAAAUGCAAAUGUGUAAUAAGAAAAACGAAUUUAAAAAAUCAAGCGUAAAAAUAAAA